UGUAAUUUGUGACGUGGAUUGUGUGGGGUUAAUGGAAGUAGUCCUUGUGGAAGUGUCCUAGGUUAUGACCAACCCAAUCUUGGGUUGAGUUUUGUUGCUUAUUCGUUUACAGUUCGGCAAUUAUCACCAUCAAUCUGUACAACCUAUGAUCACGUGAUAUAAAUCGCUCUGUGCUCCCUCUAUUCGGCUGACAGCAUUACCGAACGCAACUAUAAUAAUUGUAUGGUAUAUUUGGUGGUUAAGUAUCAUUAAAGUCCAUUAUUAUCCCAGUAAUAAUUAGUUCUUUUAAUACGGAAUAACCAUGGGUCAUGGAUUUGGAGAAUUGUUUAAACUUAGAGGAAUUGUUACUUAUAAAAUUUCCCAUUUUGAGCAAAAAUCUUUUGCGGGAUGGAUAUCACAUGGAAUUCCAAAUACCAUCCGAAGAAUUUUAGACCAAAUCAUAUAUGUUGUUCCUCCACUUGGAAUAGGAUACCUAGUUUAUGAUCAAGUAGAGAAAGAACAUCAUAGGUUAAUGUUGAAGAAUCCUGCUGAUUUUGAAGAUGAUAAGUGAAGUUAGGUUUCUUGAUGUAGAUUAAGUGGAAAUCAGUAAUAUAUGUGAUUAUAGUGUUUCUAUUUAUUCAUUAAAAAAUUAAUAUCUCUA